UUCUGCCUGGCAAUCAUGAGCAAGCUGCUGUUGAGCGGACACGAGGUGGAUGAACUCACCAAGGAGGAGCAGAAGGCGAUUGGCUUCAAUAAUUUCGUACGCGGAAUAGUCCGCCUCAAGCCCGAGGGAUGGGUGUACCCCGGCACUUCGCCCACCUACCUUGACAGGAUAUACAAUAUGGAGUUCCGACCUGACGACGUCCUGAUCACAACCUUCCCCAAGUCCGGCACCACUUGGAUGCAGGAGAUCAUCUGGACGAUGGUGCACAACCCCAAACUGGACAACCCCAAGGCGCAAGAAUCACUGUGGCUGCGCUCGCCGGAUAUCAGCCUGGAUAUGAUGUUUGAUGCGAAAACAUUAGGCGGCAGGGCGCCGGAAUCUUACCAAAAAAAGUUUAGUGAACUGUGUCCGGGCAAGAACGAGAAGGAAGGUGUAAGCCUCCACCUGGCAGACGCAGAGCCUAGUCCCCGCAUCCUGAAGAGCCACUACCCGUUCACCCUCAUGCCAAAAGAUAUCCUCGACAGAGUAAAGGUUGUGUAUGUAGCUCGGAACCCCAAGGAUAUGGCUAUCUCGCUGUUCAACAACUUCAAAAUGUUCAAAGUAUUCGAGUUCGAGAGCGAAAAGGAGGAGUAUUUCAAAAACAUCAUGAACAACAAAACUAUGUAUUGCCCCUACUGGCCCCACGUGAAGGAGGCGUGGGGGAAGAGGCACCACCCUAACCUGCUUUUCCUCUUCUACGAGGAAAUGAAGGUCGACAUCAUGAAAGAGCUGGGAAGGAUCAACGUGUUCCUGGGAACAGGGCUGAGCCAGGAGUCCCUCGAGACUGUGGCGCAACACACCUCCUUCUCGGCCAUGAAGUCCCGAGGAGAGCCAGUCACAGACAAAGUGUUCAACAAGAAAGAUGACAACGAAGUCAGAUUCUUCCGAAAGGGCAUGACCGGUGACUGGAAGAACCACUUCUCGCCGGAGAUGCAGAAGGAGUUUGACCAAUGGAUUAAGGAAAACAUGGCCGGCAGCGACCUGAGCCUCAUCUGGGCCCUGGCGGAGUGAGCCUCGCCUCGAAGCGACGCCAACCACUCUUUCGCUCACUAGUGUGAA